ACGUCCUGCAGGGGUGGUGUGCUGGUCUCUAAAAACACUUUUUUUUUUGUCCGCCAGAAGCAGUUCGUUCUCCGCACACAACACCUAAGAGCCCUUCGUGGUCCUCCCGGGGGCGGAGAGCUAGGCGGCAGCGCGGCGCGGGCUCGGUGGAGCGGCCCAUGUCCGGCGCGGGUGAAGCCCUCGCUCCCGGGCCCCAGCGCGGGGCCGAGGCGGGCGGCGGCCGGCUGGGCGCCCCAGCCCAGGAAAAAUGUGAUAAAGAAAAUACUGAGAGAAAUAUAACUCAAGAUACCGAUAGCUGCUUCACACAUGGAGAGAUGCAAGACCAGUCCAUUUGGGGAAACUGUUCAGAUGACGAACUCAUCCGAACUCAACCCCAGCGCUUGCCUCAGCUUCCAACGUGCUCACAGGAACCAAGUGAGGAAGAAACCAGCAAGAUAAAGAACGGCCACACAAGUCUGAGCAAUGGAAAUGGAAUUCACCACGGGGCCAAACAUGUAUCUGCAGAUAAUCGAAGACUUUCAGCACCUGUUUCUCACAAAAUGCAUAGAAAAAUUCAGUCCAGCUUGUCUGUAAACAGCGAUAUCAGUAAGAAGAGUAAAGUAAAUGCUGUCUUUUCGCAAAAGACAGGCUCUUCACCUGAAGAUUGCUGUGUCCACUGUAUCCUGGCAUGCUUGUUCUGUGAAUUCCUCACCCUCUGCAAUAUCGUGCUGGGCCAGGCCCCCUGUGGCAGCUGCACCUCCGAAACCUGUUGCUGCUGCUGUGGAGACGAAAUGGGGGAGGACUGUAACUGCCCCUGUGACACGGAUUGUGGCAUCGUGGAUGCCUGUUGUGAAUCAUCGGACUGUUUGGAAAUCUGUAUGGAAUGCUGUGGAAUUUGUUUUCCUUCGUAGGUAUUUAUCUUCUGUUUGUGUUAAAACUGGAGUGUUGUAAAAUUUUUCUUUGGCGGGGGGCAGAAAAGCACAUGGUAAGAUUCUCAUGAAGCAACCCUUUAUUUGCACUGUUAACUCAUUAUUUCAAGAAAUCUCUGCAAGCCUGUUUCUCUCUAACCGAAUCUACGUGGUUUAAUAUGUGAAAUUUUAACUACUUUUAAACUUAAUAAGUUACAAUGACUGAGGGACAUUUUGAACCCUCCCCCCCCCCAAAAAAAAAAAAAAAAACCUAAAUGUCUCCUCCUUUUUAUGCAUGUUUCUGUUUCUUUUAACCAUUCUUAGGAGCCUCUUGCUCCAAAUGUAUUAUUUCUCUGUGGGUAUUUAAAACAGACAAUUUAGUUUUGAUGUCUAUCUGUUCAUGGUUCAAAGUAAGCAUCCCUUCUUUUAAAGUGAACUUUGGGAAACAAACCCACACCAUAGCUGGGGACCCAGGGUUCAGUUCUGUGCUGGAUUCUCCCUUUCUCCCCUUGUUCAUCAGACAUUGAGCACCUACUGUGUGUAAUGGCCUGCUCAGAUGCAGAGACGAAUGCCACUGAACUCCCAUCCAGAGGAGUAUACAGUUUAGCAGAGGAAAGAGACCUGUCAAGUACAAACCCCAUUCCUCAAGGCAUACUGAAGUGAGGAUUAUGACGGGGACAGAGGGAGAGGGAGAGAGAGAGAGAGACUAAAAAGGCUCUAGGAAUACACAGAAAAGAAUAGCUCUUGCCUACUGGAAUAUGCACAAAGCUUCAAGGAGAAGGUAGCAUUUCAGGAGGCUUUUAGGAUGAGUGAUCCAUCUAUGGCUUAGAUGAAUUAGAUUUAGUGAGACCAAGCUUUAGGUGGGGAGCCUGAACUGUGUGUGCCCUUAAGCCAUUAAAAGAAAAAUGCCUUAAGUAUGUAUUUUCUUUAGUUGCAGGAAUACAGUGGUUUUUUUUGGUUGAAAACUAUAAAAUUUAACUAAAAAUAUGCAGUUUUUUACACAUCAUUUCAAUGUUAUGAUAAAAUUUUUGAUAAGAAUAUAAUGCUUUAUUAAAAUAGCUCUAUUUUAUAAAGAAUGUGGAAUACUUUUGACAAAAUGCGUUUAAAUUAAGUGAUUUUUUAACUAUUAAAAUCUCAGUAUUCUGAUUUUGAUUUAUUCAAAAAUGUUUUGUUUUGGGGGUUUUUUUUGAGAGCUUUCAGUCUUUUGUAGGAGGCGGAGGCUGUUUGUUUUGCUUCGUAACUGAUGUUUUAUAAACGUGGCUCAUCUUAAAUGUAAAUAAACCCUUUCUUCCAGUGCAGUGGGACAUCCACUACUGUGACCAGAUUUCAGUAUUGCAAUUUUAUGUUAAAUUAAACCAACACUGCAGGUUAUCAAGAUGCUGCAAGUGUAAAGAAAUAGUCUCAUAAUCGACUUAACAUAUAGUUAGUAAGACAUAGACACUUUGUGUGGCCCAGAUGAAAGUGGGAGUAAAUUUCCCUACUGUGUGCUCUCCUACUAAGUCUGCUCUUCCCAGAAUUGUAGUUUGGUUUGAUUUAAUGUAAUUCCUUGUAGAAAUUCUGGAAGGAUACUUUUGGAUUAAUAGUUAUUUUUAGUUCUUCCAGAUGAAAUUCAAAUUGGUAGUGAAAACAAAUUCAUAUUUGUAGGAAGCCUUUGGCAAACCUAAGCCUUUUAAGAAAGGUUUUAAACCUAAAGCAUAGGAAUGUCACCUCUGGUUUUUCCUUUGAGAUAAAACCUAGCUUCUACUUCCGUCAUUACUUUUAAAGGACUUAAAGGAAAAAAAAAAGCAAACUCCUGAAUCCCCUUUUCAGUGCUUUGUGCAUGUACACACACACACCCUUUAAAUUGUUGGGUUUAAAUAGAAUUAUAGGAAACCACUGUCUUUCUCUUGUCUAAAGAGUGUCUUUGUUACAUUAAAUAUAAGAACAUCUUUGUACUAUUUCAUAGUAACCAGAAUCUGAAUAUUUACCUAUACCCAAAGUUAACUUAUGCGUAUCUAUUAGGAUAGAGGAAUAUCAUCUGUGUAUUGACAUAUAAAGCCUUUUAAUGACCUGGAAUUGUUAAAAUGUGUCACUUUUUAUCUUGCAAGAUUUUUCAACCAAGUGGUUUGUCUAAUAUUUAAAUAUAUUCUGCCACUAUUUGCAAUGAAAAUAUUAGCACUUUUAAAGUAAUGUUUCUCCAUAACAGAGAACAUUAAUUAUAGAAUUUUUUCAUAUUUAUAUUCACAGUACUUUUCCUCUGUUGUCUACUCUAGUCAUUCCAUAAAGUAUCUCGUAUAAUUUUAAAAAAUGAAAAAAACCAAAGUAGGAAAAUGUGAAAAUAGUUUCAGUAUAUAUUAGAAUUUCUGUAUGUAAAAUGUUUUGUUGAAUUACAUGGCCAUGAUGACUAAGUGCUACAGUUUACAGUUAUAGAUUUGGUCUCUUUUUAAAUGUGGAAACUUUACCUUUAAUAUUUUUAAACUGGACCUGUAUUAUCCUGAAUACAUUAUUUUGAAAUAAAAAAA